CCGCAGAGCCGAGCGGAGGAGCCGAGUGGUGCUGGCAGGAGCCUGAGCCCCACGAUAAACUCUGGCAUCAGCUUCCCUUCAUCCGGCAGUCAGCGAGGACACAGCGAGGGCGCAGGGGCAGAGAGACGGGGACGGAGGAAGAGUGACAGAGAAGGGAGGGAAGGGAGAGAGAGAUUAAAAAAAAAAAACAAAAAAAAAAACAACAACAACAGGCCGACAGGCAAAGAGGGAGAGGCUGUCAAAAGAAUCACACAGUUCCCCCCCCCCUUUUUUUUUUUUUUUUUAAAUUUUUCACAGCGGCAGCACCACAGCCGUUGCCUGCUGCCUUCAGAUGCGGGCGAACGAUGACGGGCGGCGUGUUUUCGGCGGCGCAGUCAGUUUGUCUGAGUGAUGGUAGCGGCCGCCGUGGCAUCGCAAGCCGAAGCAGGAGCCCCGCUCGCCGCUCCGGCUCUUAGUCAUCCUCAGCCUCCUCUCUCCCUCCUCAGGAGCGCCGCCGGGGCCGUUCGUCGCUCCCACCUCACGCCCGCCGCCGCCGCCUCCUCGUCCUCCUCCGCGGCUCCAUCCUCCGCUCGCACUCCUCCUCUGACGAGCCGCAGCCUGAGAGUGAAACAGCCCUGCUGAUAGAAGCUUCUCUCUCUGUCAAGACAGUGCCAUGUGCGAUUGGCCAGCGCACCCUGUGGCAGCGGCAUCGCCCCGGAUUUGGCGAGGAGCUCUCCUCCCCCCCGCUCGUUCUCCGGGGCUCCUCCGGGAAGCUUUCAUGGGAUUUACGUUGUCCUGCUGGACGGCACGGAGCUCCCUGCCUCUCUGAAGAGGGUCCGCCGAGAAAAACACAACACCGAGCGGAUAAGAAGUAAAAUAAUUAUCCAAUCGCAGCACAAGAAGGCAGAGCGGGUUCCCUUAGCAACAACUGAAGGAGAGAAGAGAAUCCUUUUUCUCUCUUUCUGCUCCCUUGGUUUUCGGGCACACCCCUGUGGACUGCUGUGGGUCAGUGUUUUUGCGAGAGGACUCGGAGAGCGUCGUUGCAUAAGACAAGCUGUCACCCGAAUUCCAGGGGAAGGUGCUCAUUUGCCUUCCAGUCCCCUCUCCUCACCCCCCCUCCACCACCCCUCCUGACUUCCCCUCCCUUCCGUUCUCACUGUGUCUCAUCGGAACCAUGAUUUUUUUCUCGUUCCUCCUCGAAUUCCCAUCGCAGGUCACGUUCCGCCGGCUCAGAAAUCGAUUCAUCCCGAUCCCGCGACUCGCCGAAUGAGCUGCGCGCCCUGGCGCCGGGGGGGGGCCGCACCGGACGCCGCCUUCGUCCCGUUAGCGGACGAGAAAUGAAGGACAACGCGAUUAGGUCAUCAUCUGCAAAGAAAAUGGAUGUGCAGCAAAGUUUAUUUUGACGUGAGUUUCUACUGAGAGCCUUUUUAUUUUCCUGGAGGAGGAGGCACCACACUGCACACAGGAAUAUUCCUUUUUUUUUGUCCCCCCUCCCAAAAAACAGGAUCUGUCCUGGACAGAAGCCCUUACAGGGGGACUAUAUUUAGAAGGAAAAUCUCGUCCCUGCUGGCCGCCAAUAAAAUAAAACACAUUUUGAAAGUGCUGGGAGCUCUAUUUUUCUAUCUGUGCUGGGUAGCUUCCUCCACAAAGGAGGUUACCACGAGCCCCCUCUCUGCUUUCACUUUUGUACGUUAGCCUGCCGUCAUGCCACCGCGUUUCUCAAGUAAAAAACAAGCGGAAGAAGGGAAAAGUUUCCUCCCUGCAUAGACAGGCGUUUUGAGCAACCUCUUCCCCGGGAAACGAUUUCAAACGUACGCGCUGACACACGAGAUGAGUCGGCUCAACUCGAUUAUGUAAGAGCAUCACACCAGCUUCAGCGCGUGUAUUUUGCGUCUUCUUUUUUUUUUUUUUUUUUUUUUCCAUGGAUUUACCGCGUUCGACUUUUCCCAUGCUCCUUUCCUCCUCAUUUUCGGACGCGUCCGCCCGAAGGCAUGGAUGUCAGAGUGUGACCCGGCGCAGAGAGAGCGGUCGCGUCAAGGUGUUUCGGCUGCCCAGGUGCUUUUAAGAUGUUGAGGUCUCCCUGCGUGUCCGGGGCCCCUGUUCGGAUCAGUAGCACUGAGGCUCCUCGCAGCCAAAGACAUGGACCCCGACUCGGCUCCCCCACGCCCUCAGCCUGUUGGCCACUGGCCCCACGUCGCCCUGUAAAGGAUGUCCCUCAGCAGAGCUCCGGCCCGGGACACCUCUGAGACCCCCAGCCCGAGAGAACGCAUCCGCAGCCACAUGAAGAUGGUGAUCGACCAGCUGGACGGCAUUCUCAAGGAGCUCAAGGAUGUGGCAAAGGAACUCCGGGAGGUGGUGGGUCAGAUUGAUAAACUAACGUCCGACUUCGACUUCGACCUGGAGCCAGAUGACUGGACGGUGGCCACAGCCAGCAGCACGUCCAGCAGCGAGCGGGGUUUGGGAGAGGCCUUUAGGCUGGACUUCCUCAACGCAGAUGUGCUUUCGGACAGCUGGGAGUUCUGCAGCUACCUGGAGGCCGCCGGCGUAGCCGCGCGCAGGUCCAGCGAGCAACCGGGGGACUCGAGACACGACCUGGGCCGGGGGACCAUCCCCACCCAGACGCAGACCCCCACCCCGCCCCCCGCCACCACUGCCUCCGUCUACUCCCAGAUGAACGGCGGGCUGCCCAUCCCCAACGGGCCGCGCAUCAUCACCCCGGACUCGUCCAGCGAGGAGGCCAGCAGCUCCACGCACAGCCACAAGACCUCCCGCACCUCCGGCACGAGAGAGCGAGUGCGCUUCAGCGACAAGAUCCUGUACCACGCGCUGUGCUGCGACGACGACGAGGAGGAGGAGCAGGAGGAGCUGCAGGAGGACAAGAGCGGCUGCACCACACCGGACAGCGACACCGAGCCAAGCCUGCUGGCCGGCUCGGUCGCCCCCAAACGUUCUUCCUCCGAGCACUCACUCCUCCAUAACUGUCUGGACCCUUCCUGCGUCCCCUCGCCCGCGAAGGGGACGACGGGAGCUCACACACUACCCAGAAAAGGUCUCUUAAACCCCGGCUGCCGCAAAAAACUGUUACGAAACAGCAGCACACAAACUGUCUCUGAUAAGAGCACCCAAACUGUACUGCCCUAUAUUCCAACCAAACAGAAAACGAAGGACCACUGAGACAGCCCGAAGUUUAUCAUAAAUCUCAUGAAGAGGACUGUGCAUUAUUUAAUAUUAAAUACAUAGCUCAUAGAUUAAUACACAAAUAAAUUAAUUACUAAAUAAAUAAAUGAUAUAUGGGAAAUCACUCGACUACCUAAAGUCAUUCUGAGACUCAGGGAAAACACAAUGAAACGAAUAAAGCGAAGCAGAUCACUGGGAUGAGAGUCACUGGUGGACCAAAAGGUUAGUGCCUGUUCUAAUGUUCACAGAUACACUGAACGGACUCCCUGCGCGCAAUCAUUUGAGACAAUGACCGAUUACAAAAGCAAUCAUUUUUACCCGAACAUUUUAAACGCUGAAAAUUGGAAGUAUGAAAAGUAUGGAGAGGUCUUUCCCCUCAUCAUACAAUAGCAUAAGCCACUACAAAAAAAAAAAAAAAAAGAAGAAGAAGAAAAAAUAUGCUUGUUCCUAUGAUGUGGAUACAAAACGUUUCUCAUUCUAUACUUUGAAUCUGUAUAAACAUUGUCUUUUUUCAUGUUCCAGUAA